AUGACCAGUGUUAAGUCGUUGUUGUGUCUGUGUAUCGUGUCUGUUUGUUUCGUUGGAAUUGCUUCCGAAGAUGUGGUUGUAGCAGUCACAACUUUCGACGAUGAAGAGCCGGAACAGGAGUAUGUUGUUGAACAAGAGGAACCAGUGAAUCCCUUCAAAAAUGUAAAUUUCGCAAACGUACCACAAUACAAAUACAAACCACCAAACAAUCAAGUGCACUAUGUGAGACCUAUGCAAAAACCUCCUCAAAUCAAUUACAAACCAGUUCAGGGAUAUAGGAGAUUACCGAACAAAGCCGAAGAAAGGAAAAUCAAAUUUGUUAAAAUGAUUAAGAAGAAGAAAAAGAAAAAGUACAAAAAAUUGAAAAAAUACUUGAAGAAUUGUGGCUAUCCAAACCACUUCAAGUUCAAAGCUACUAAACACGCAGAUGACGAAGGAGAUGAAUAUGAUACUGUUAAAAUCGGAUUCAUGAACGACGAUCAUUAUUACAGGAGAAUGAUGCGAAGGGAUGACAAGGGAAACGUCACCAAAACAGAUGAGAAAGAGAAAAACUCAUCAGAGGAAGGAGACGAUGAGGACGAUGAAGACGACGAUGUUAUUUUCGAAGAACUGGAGGACGAACUGGAAGACAAAAAACCAUCCCCAAUUCCAAUGUUCCAUCCAUUAAUGCCCAGGCCAUAUUUUCCAAUGAAUCCAAUGAUGCCUCAUCAGUUUCCUAGACCUAUGUUCCCUCCAGGUCCUCCUCCGCCUCCUCCUCCUCCACCCGGUUUUUCCAUGUAUAGACCCAGAUAUCCCCCUCCUAAGCCCCUGGGUCCUGCACCAAUUAUGAGACAUCCUAAUCUUCCACUGCCUCAUCUUCCUCCACAAAUGCCCCAUACUCAUCAGCAAAUGCCGCUUCCUCAUGCACAAAUGGUUCCUCAUACACAAAUGGUACAUCUUCCUCCACACAUGGUGCCUUUCGGCCCUCCAAGAGUUUUACCCAGGCCAACAACAUGGAAGAAUCAGCUGAAAAAAAGAAUACCUUUGACCAACCCCGAUUUGGUUAGCGAGGAAACUAUUGUGGAAGAAAAAAUUAAGGACAAUAAGGUCCGUAAACCUGUCGUAAGAAUUAGACCUGUACAAAGAGCGCAGUUUGAAGUAAGAAACUCUACAGAUGAACUCACUACGAUAACAACUUCUCCAAAAACUAUUUACAUUACUACCUCCGCUCCUCUUGGCUACGGACUAGACAAAUCUUCCAAUUCCAAAUAUGAAACGUUUAAAUUCUCUUACGGUUUCUCUCCAAGUCACACUGCUUUCAGCAAUCCGAAUACUUACAAUAUUAAAUAUAGCCAACCAGAUUAUUCGAUGUUUGGAACUUACGAAUCGACGACGACCAUGAAACCUACAGAACCUGAAAAGGUUGUGACAGUGACGCCCGUCUCCGUUUGGGAGGGUCAACCCAUUUUUGCCGCAGAAACCACUACAACAACUAGAACCGUCUCCAAUAACACCAGGAAGAUGCACCUGCGGAGAAUGCAAAAACCGGACGAUAGAAAGGAUACAGAAGAAGAAACCACACAUAGUUGGGUUCCGUUGAGAAUCAAGCCUACAUCUAAGAUGUCUUCUAGAUUUAAGAAAAGCGAAAAUUUCGUUACUUAUCCCACCGUCGAUCGACAACAAGUUAAACCCCUGUUGCCACGACCCCAAGAAACGGGUUCCAACAUGGAGACGCAGCACGAGAACUCGGACAUAAUUACGGCCAAAUAUCCGUUGGACGACAUCAACAACUUGCACUUGAACAUGCACAAUCCGAACAACGAUUCGAGGCCGUUCAAACCGUCGAAAGAGUUAAAGCCGUUCAUCAUAACGAAAGAGAACAUGAAUCAGUUUGGUUUCAGUAAGAGGAUGGUGUAUUUCAACGUUGCCGAGGGGAUUAAAAAAAAUGAUAAUGAUAAAUUAGGGGACAUUCCACGAGAUAAUUCGGGUGUUGGAAAUGUGUCGCAGUACGUGACGGAAAGUCCGAGCCGAACUAAGCCGGUGUAACGUGAUAAGAAGGACCACUAAAUCCAAAUGCACCUUCGGCUUCUUUAUUUAUCGGUUUUCGGUUUCAAUUAUCAUAAUUACUAUGGAAAUAUGGUGUCCGGUUACCAUGGGAGGAUGGGAAUGGUGCAUUUUGAAUAUGUAUCCACAUGUAAAUAUGGAUACAAGGCAUUGGGAUGGGGAUGGAAAUGUUGGCUAAUUAAUCUCUUAAGUAUAGACUUAGUGUGACGCUGCAUUUAUUUCUUGUCACAACAGACAUUCCUACAUAAUUUUAAAUAAAACAUAUCCGUUACCUGUUUAUGUAAAUAAUUAUUUAUUUUAAUAUUUAUUAUAUUAUUAUUUUACUGAUGUAGUUACUGUAGCCAAUUUAACCCAUUUGAUUUUAUUUAUAAAUAACGUAAUAAUAACAUGUUAGAAAUUGUACAACAAAUCUAA